AUGAUCAGCAACACAGCCCGAGCCUUCUUGGAGGAGCCCUGCGACCCGGUGCUUUACGACCUUCGAGCAUCCAUCGCACAUGGCUUCACGCACCACGAAGCGACCUUCGCGGACCCGGAGCUGUCGGUCGACGGCCUCGACGAGCUCCUCACGUGGCCACGACCGUCAUACCCGCUCCAUGCGACCACGUGGGGAAAGGCCGGCUUGAAGCUGAUGCACCUCGUCAUCCAAGCCGCCGGCAGCACCGACACGAGCUUUUUGCAACCAACCAAUGUCGACGACGGCACUUUCGCUCGGCUUGUGGUGCUCCUGCCGUCGCACUGCGUCGGUGGCAUCAUCUCGCUCACGUACCACGACGAAGAUGAGGUGUGGUCGGUGGCCACCGCGGCGCGCCCGCCAACCGACUUGUCCUUUGCCGCCGCCGCAUCGUACCUCUAG